AUGGUUACCCCACCGUCGUCCAAGAGUCAAUGUGAUAACCAUAGUCCACAUUAUCAAAAUUUCGUAUCUGGUGGAACAUUAGAUAAAUUUGACGAAAUUCCAGGUAAUGGAGGUGCUUGUAUCUCAACUCAACAAGAUGAUGUAUACGCAUUUGAGCAAGACUUGGCAAGUUUACGUACUCCAACUGGUACUGGUGGUAAUUCUAAGCUUUUGGAGUUCUCAUCAGAUUGUCCAAUGGAGUUACAAGAGUUUGCUCGUCAAUGUUGGCAUGAAGUACCAACCGAGCGUCCAGAUGCUAUUGAUGCUCAAGAAGAAUUGGUUCUAGAAGGUAGUCUUACAACAACUGGUCAAGUACAACCUAAUUGGACACGACCAAGUUACUGCACGAGCUCGUAA